AUGUUAACGCCAACCCAAAGGAUUACCGCCGAAAGCCAUCUAGCCGCCGCACGCCCCGCGCCCACGCGGACGCCCACCCAGCCUCACCCGGAGGAGGGGGGACAGGAGAGCGGGGGACUCCGGACGUCGGAGGAGGUGCGAGGGGCAGAGGGAAGUCGAGGGAGGAGUCCUCCCAACCCCCACCCGAGACUGGGAUCACCCCGAGUGCCCUCCCCACACCGCCCCGCUGCGGGGGCCGCCGGUGGAAAUCCCCCGCGCGGCCGGUCCGCGGGAAGUUCUCCGGGGCCACCUCGGCGCCCCAGGGCUGCGCCACCCCCUUCGCCGAGCCGUGGCACCCCGAGGGGCGCGGGCAGGUCGGGCGCCCAGCCCGGAAGCCCGCGAGCCCGCGCCGCCGGCCGCUCGGAGCUGGGGCCAGCCCGGGGCAUCCCCGCCGAGCGCAGACGGCCGGGGGAUGGCGGCGAUGACCGGCGUCCAGGUCGCUCGGGUCCCGGCCGCUCGGGUCAAGUGCGGCGCUGCUGUCCCCUGCCAGCCGACCCGUCCCGGGACCCGCGAGGCCGGGACCCCCGUGGGACCCCCGCCGCGCGCCCCGUGCCCGCGACCCCGCCCGGGACCCACGCACCCCCGGACGCCCCACUCCGGCCCUCCGCGCCCCGGGAGGCUCCACGGGGGUCCGUGGCCUCCCCAUCACCCCCGCCGCCGCCGCCUCGGCGUCCCCAGAGGCCGGCCGCACGCCCCUCGCGUCCCCUCGCGACCUGCGGCCGCACCUGUGCCCGCCGCCGCCGCCGCCGCCGCCGCUCGCCCGCCGCCUUCGCUGUGCCGGCGCCGCUCCGAACCCCACACACAUCGCUACACACAGCCUCUGACGUCACCCGGCCUCGGCCCGCCCACGUCACUGCGGAGACACGGCUUCCCGCAGACGCCGCCGCCGUCUCCGGCCGCCCGGGGGACAGCGAGGGCGGCGGGCGGGGGAGGGGAGGGGACGAAGCCGGCGGCGCCGCGCGGCCCCGCGCCAGCCAGCCCUCGGGCGCGCGCGCCGUCUGGCCUAUUGUGGCUGCUCGCGGGCUGCGCGCUCCGGGCCGCGCGCCCCCGCCCCUCCGGCCCCCGCCGCGCACGCGCGCGCGCCCGUCUCCCCUCCUUCCCCCCCCGCCCCGCUCCCCUCCCCGCCGCGCGCGUGCCCCGCGCGGCUGGCCCGGCGCGCCGUCUGGGCGGCUGGCGCACGGCGCUGUCUGCGGUGCCCGGCGCAGACAGGAUGUUCCCUGGGCCCCACCCCCGCCGCCCUCCUUCCUUCCCCGAGUCGCCCAGCCGGCUGUCUGGGGCCGCCCCGCCACGCCCGCCGCCGUGUGGAGACGGGCCAGCCCCGGGGGCGCCCUGGCCGCUGGGGCCGCCGCGCGGCCGGGGGCGGGCGGGGUGGGGAGGGAGGGCGAGCGGGGAGAGGGGGCAGGGCGCGGCGGGCUGCACCGGGCGCGACCCGGGCAGCUGGCCGCGCCCGAGGUCAGCCUCGGCCACCACCCCCACCCCACCCCCGCGGCCGCAGCUGGCCGCCCGGCCCCGCCCCGGAGGUGGCUGCGGGCGGCUCCCCGCCGCGCCCCCCGGGGUGAGCCCGCCCGCCCGCCCGCCGCGCAGACGCCCCCGCCCGGAGGCGGCGACCCCGCGCCGCCCCUCCUCCCCCGCCGGCCGGCCGGCUGGCGCGCAGACGGCGCGGGGCCCCUCGCCCCCGCGGGGCCUCCCGCCGCGGCCGCCCUGCCAGCUGCCGGCGCUGAGCCCCGCCUGGGCGCGCUGGGGUGGCCUCGGCCGGCCGCCAUCGCCGGGGAGGCCGCUGCUUCCGCAGCGCCGGGGCAGACCCUGCGGCCCCCCUGCCCUCGCCCCCCUAAGUGA